AUCCUCUCAAACAUUUGAAACAUUUGUUUUUGCGGGAAUACCUGAUUUUACACACAGUAAAAGAAUUUUCAUAAUUCAAAUAAGAAAAAUUGAUCUGGGUAACUAUCUUGGCGAAAAGACGAGUGGAUUCAGCAUUGGUAGAUCAAUAUUUGUGUAUACCUACAACUCUCUUCUAUAAAGGUGGUCUCAUAGAGUGAUACAGAAUGUUUUUCGAUAUAGUCAUACUAAAUCCUCAACACAAGGGAAACUUUUCUCAUGCUUGGAUUGCUGCAACCAGGGGUGUAAGGUUCAUUCCCAAGGGGCAGAUCAAGGAGUUGGAUAUUCCAAAAUUAUGCAAACAGCUUGCAGAUUUCAUCACAACCAGUUCAACUGACCCCAAGAAACGUUUUUCCUUACGGCUCUCGGCUAUAUUACUGAAUGGAACUAUUAAAAUAUUCAGAGAAAAAGUUAUACUUUUCCAAGCUGAAGUUCUUACUGCUCUACAGACAAUUCGUGUUCCAAGUGGCAUGAGCUCAAUGCCUAUUUAUCCAGGAGAAGUAUCAGGUAUUCUGGAAACGCCUCCGACGCCGUCGAUAAAAGUGAAAAAGGCUCCUCGAGGCAAGAAACAGGCCGUCGCGACGCCUAUCGCUAUCGCCGAGGCCGCCGCAGCCGAACCGGAGACUGUGGCUGGCAUGUUGUACAUCCCGGACGUUGCCGACAUCCUUCAAGUUCUACCGACCACCAGCGACAUGAUUUCUUUGAGAGAGGAAGCUCCUAAACGGAUUGACACUUUCGUACGAGAUGAGGAGGAUUUCGGAAUAUUAACUGGGGCAGAAUUAGAAAAGGAAAUGCUGUCUCUAUUUCCCAGAGCCCAUAAAGAACCUGUUGUUCCACCCGUUACUCCUGAAACCCCUUCCUCCGAACUGCUUCCCCCUCAAGUGGUUGAGGUUGUUGCCCUUGUCCAUGCUGAGAAAGGUCAAUUUUUGGAAUCACUACGUGAACCAACUGAAAUUGAAGCUGCCAGGGUGCUUUCGGAAAUUCCUGUCCCCAUGGAAGUGGAUGGAAUUAGAAACAUAACAGAGGCGGGAAUUCAUGAAGCUGUUCCAUCUGCAGCUCCUAGAGACGCGCUUCCAGAGAAGGCACCUGCAGAUAUUGUGGUGGCAGAAGGGCCUGAGAUCAGAGUGGCAGCGUCGCCACAACCUCCAGUCAUCAUCUCUAAGAGUCCUCCAAAUACAGUGGAAAAGGCGAAAAAAUUGAAGGACAAGGCAGCGAGGCCCAAGCUAUUUCUAAUGACAAGGAGAAGAACUUUUGUCAGAAUCAAUAGAUGCAUUGAGGGCGGCGGCACCUAUGUGGACGAAUCUUGUCCGCUGGCUUCUGUCGUGAAAUCAUUCCGUAACGAAGAUUGGUACAAUUUGUACUGGCCAGAAGAGGAUGAGGAAGUGAGAGAAGACGUUCGGCCUGGAUCCUUCAGCAGGUCUAGCUCCUUGGUUCCCAGAAAGACUACGUCAUUCAAGAAAAGUUCUUCGCUGGAAAUUAGAGAUUCAAAUACGGCUGCUACUACAACCGAAAUUUCUCUCAAAGAAACACCUACAACUAGUAGAGCUGAAAUCCUGCCUACUCCCGAAGAAAAAAGCAGACUGCAUGUGCCAGAGGUGCAUGUGCCAGAAGUGCAUGUGCCAGAGGUGUCUGCCCCUGACGAAGGAUUUAUGCCAAUGCAGCUGGAAGCUGGUCAAGUGAUCGAGCCGUCUGUUUUUCAAGAAACCUUGGUUGUGCCCAUCCAACCCGUUGUUCUAGAAGAUCUACUUGCAGAAUCGAUACCUGUAGUCGCACAAGAGCUGCCUUCCGAAGUUGCUCCGACGGUUCUCCAUGAAGAGUCACCGCAAAGAAGAAGGGAAUCUCCUCGGGCACCAGAAUCUCCAGUGGAUUUCAGAUCAAGACAGCAGAAAAUCAUCAACAUUCUUCUAAGAUGGAAUUUUGAAGAUAAAGAAUCCACAAUAGAAGAUGUUUGUGAAAAGCCCAUGACUAGGUUGAAUAUGGCUAGAGCAUUCUCUGAUUUGUUAGUGUUGUGCAAGAAGAAAUAUAUAAUUUUAUGCUCCGAACCAGAUUGCAUAGAACUGAAAUGCAUACAACUAGGACCGAGAUUACAACGUUUGUGAAUUUUAAUUGUCAGUCAGUAUAUAAACUAUCUUUUUUUUUGUUCUUUAGUGUUAAGUAUAAGUUGUUGAAUUCAAGAUGAAUUCAUAUUGAUUAGAAAUCCUUUUGUUCCAAAUGCUGUUGUUGAAAUGUUUGAAAUAUUUAUGUUCUUGUUCUUUGCAUCGUUGAAGUUGAAAUAUAUUAACAUUUUUA